AUGGCAGCAAGGAGCGGGCACCUCCACUCGUUCCUCCUCAUGCUGCCACUGCUCGCCGUAGUAGUAGCUGGGAAGACGUCACAUGGUGAUGGUGGCAGCACCGAACAGCUGCUGCAGCAGCAUGGUCAUAGCGGAAUCGAACCCACGUCCACAGCGAUCAAACUGCGGGGAGCAGAGGCGAGCAGCGGCCGGCUCCUAUCAUCCUCAGACCCUCCAGCCCAGGGAUCUUCCGCAAAUUCUUCCCCUUCCUCUCCCUCUCCACGAAAUUCCCAACCGUCACCACCUUCGCGGCCCUCCGUCGCCGCGGCCAUCGACUCCUUGUCCCGCUCCCCUUCCCGCUCCCCUUCCCGCUCUCCUUCCCGCUCCCCUUCCCGCACCCCUUCCCCCUCCUCCCCCUGCUCCUCCCGCUGCCCCGCGCGCUAUGAGUUCGAGCCUGUCGCCUCGGGCAUAAAGGACGAUCUGCUGGGGACCGUGAUUGUUCUCCUGGACGACGUGCCAGACGCAGACGCCAACACAGACACAGCCACAGACACAGACUCAGGCAGGGAGAGUGGGGCUGGCGAGGAGAGUGGGGAGGACGAGGAUGAUAGGGAGCUUGGGAACGGGCGUGGUGGAGGUGAUGUGGAGGAGGCGGAAAAGGAGACUGAGAAAGAUAAUAGUUGGGCGGAUGAGUUGAUCGAGCAGGGGCAGGGGCAGGGACAAGGGAAGGGGCAGGGGCAGGAGCAGGGGCAGGGGCAGGAGCAGGGGCAGGGGCAGGGGCAGGGGCAGGGGCAGGGGCAGGGGCAGGGGAAGGGGCAGGGGCAGGGGCAGGUGCAGGGGCAGGGGCAGGGCAAAGGACAGGGGAAGGUGAAGAAGCGGAGUUGCAAAUGCGUGGAGCCGUUUCACGUGUCGCUGCGGUUCUCCAUCUGCUCCUCCAACAUCACCCUCUCGCCCCGCCUCAACCCCGCCCUCUCCUCCCCACCCGGCCGCCCUGCCCCAGUUCCUCCGUCAUCCCCCUCCUCGUCCGAUCCCCCACCCGCGCCUGACAGGCGGGCGGCAGACACUGGCACCUUCUUCCCGUGGUUCAAACCCAAAGGGCGCACAGACCCGCCCCGGUCACAGCUAGACGAGGACGACGAUGAUCAGAACCUUUCUUAUGAGGGCGUCAGGCAGGGCAGGGCAGGGCAGCAGGGGGGUGAUACAGCAGAGCGGGGCAGUGCUCCUCCGGCAGCCAUGCCUGCUAACCUACCAGAGCUUGAUUUCCAUUGCCUGCCACUGCUGCCCUCCUCCCCGCCCCUCUCGCAAAACCCACCUGCCACUGAAGCAGUGCGGAAUGCGACAACAGCAGCGGUGGCGACGCUGUUCGCCCCGCCUGCACUGGCCCGCUUCGCAGGGAGCCUCCUGGUGCUGCUGGCGCGCAGCAACAUCGCCACCGCCGUGGCCGUCACUCCCGGCCGCGACCUCACAGGCGUGGUGCUCACGGUCUACCCCCGCCCCGGCUUCGACGGUUUCCUCCCCGACGAGGAAGAGCAAAUAAAAACGCACCUCGAAGCCAUCGGCCGGGGCGCGUUUGACCUGGAUUUGGUGCCGCCGGGUCCUGGUGCAGUGCGGAACGGUUCUGAGGGUUCCCAGAACGGUACUGGUGGGUAUGGGAGACGGGGAAAGGGUUUGGGAAGGGGGAAUGGCGGUAGGGGUGGUACCCCUCCUGGUGGUUCUUGGGCUGAGAAGAUUCCUGACGGGCCUUCUCUCUUUGGGGUGUUCUUUCACGUGGGCGAUGUUCAGAUGCCCAACAACAGCAGGAGCAGCAGCAGCAGCAGCAGCAACGUCACUGGCAACACCGUCACCGUUUCUGAUGACCCUUAUGCUGCUGCGGCUGGGGCACCCCCUGUGGACGGCUGGCCUGUAUCAACUGCGGGUUCUUCCAGUAACAGCAGCACGAGCACUGCUGAUUCUGCUCCUUCUUCUGGCCUUUCCACUCCCCUCAUUGUAGCCAUUGCUCUUGCUGCCGCAGCUGCUGCCGCCACUGCCGCCAUUGCUGCAGUCCUGCUCUUCUGCCCAUCCUCCUGCUGUGGCGGCAGAAGGAAGCACCGCAGGAGCGACAGCGCGAGCAGCGGCGGCGGCAAGGGUGGGGGGAAGCUGUUCGCGGCGAAUCUGCGGGUGUUUGGAGGGAAGGGGUUGGAUGGAGGGAUGGUGAAGCUGAAUGGGUUCCGCAAGGCGCUUGGAAGCAAAGCCUUUGCUCGCCUCAUCCCCGACCCAGAAGCCAUCCUCGCUGCAGGCGCACUCGAUAUAAGCUACACGGCCAUCGAGGCCGCCACGCACCGCUUCAGCGAGAAGAACCUUCUGGGAAGGGGCACGUUCGGGCGCGUGUAUAAAGCCACUCUGCCCAACGGACUAAGGCUUGCUAUCAAGAGGCUCGACCUGUUCGUUGCUGGGGGAGACGUGGGGCGAGCGGGGGGCGCCGGAGGAGGGCGAGGGGGUGGGCAAGCAGGGGUGUCCAGGGAAGCUGCCAGGAAGCUGUUCGUGCAGCAGGUGGAGGCGUUCUCUCUCAUGCGUUGUCCCCACGUGGUGCCACUGCUGGGCUACUCCACGGACGGAGUCAGUGCCGUGCUGGCGUAUGAGUUUGUCCCCAAUGGCAGCUUGCACGACCACCUGCACGGCUCUGGGCGUCUGGACUGGGCGCACAGGGUGAAGAUUGCAGUUGCCGUGGCGAGGGGCCUGCAGAGCCUGCACCAGCGCCUCGUGCCCAUCGGCCCUGCCUCCCCCCUCGCCCACCCCCAUGAAGCCACUGCCGCCCAGGACCCGUCCCACGGCCACCCAGCAGCAGCAACCGGCCAAUCAGCUUCAUCCACCUCACCCUACACCACAAACCCCGGCUACAGCUCCAACUCCACUGCCCGCCUCACGCCCCCUAACGCCUCCUCUGACUCGUUGCAGAGUAAUACUGAUGGUCCCAAUGGUGCCUUUGCCUCCCCCCACAGCUCCCUGCCCUCGUCUCUUGGUGGUUCCCCCCACAAGCUGGACACGCUGCAGGAGAGCCCCCUCGAAGGGGAGGGAGAGGGGGAGGGGUACGGGGAAGGGGAGGAGGAGUUUCUUGUGACUUUGAGUCAACGGGAUGGGCCGAGCGACAGCGAUAGCUACAGCAGCAGUGGGGAGUUUGAGAGCGGCGUGGGGGGCGGUGUUGGUGGGAUGGGGAUGGGCGGAGAGGGGGAGGAGGGUGAAGGGGAGGGCGGUGGGGGGAAGGAGGAGGUGGUGGUGAGGGAUGGGCGGCGGUGGGUGCGGGCGGUGCAUGCGAACCUCAAGAGCGCUAACGUGCUGCUUGAUAACUCGGGGAACGCCAAGGUCACGGACUAUUGUCUGUCUCGCCUGGCGGAGGAUGCUCUUCCCACCAGGCGGGGCGGCAGAGCCACCGGCACGUUCGGGUACCUCGCUCCAGAAGGGGUGCUGUUCGGUGUGAACACGCAGCGCAGUGACGUGUACAGCUUUGGGGUGAUCCUGCUGGAGCUCAUCACGGGGCGGCGACCCAUCGACCUCUCCAAGCGACCCGACGAACAGUCCCUUGUCUCUUGGGCUGUGCCGCUCAUCGGCAGGGAUGAGACACUCGCCAUUGCCGACCCGGCAUUUCGGAACCGCUUUCCACCAACCAGCUUCCACCACCUGGCCACUGUUGCGGCAGUGUGCGUGCAAUCCGAGCCGUCCUUCCGGCCAACGAUGACGCAAGUCCUUGGAUCGCUGGUCCCUCUCAUAGACCUCGCCGAGCAAUGGAAGAGCCAGGGGAAGCCGCAUGCUGGGCCGUUCAAGUCUGCUUCUCCGCCCUCGUCGGGUUUGGCAGAGAAUGGUGAGCACGGUGCUGGUGGCUCACCCAGGCCAUCUCUCGGCGGCCCUGCUUGUCGUGAGGUACCCACUCGUUAUCGAGGCAACCAGAAUGGCGGUUGCAUUGGUCGGUUUGGGGCGCCAGCCAAUCUUAUUCGAGCCGAGCCACCUCAGCGGAGGUGUGUUGCUGGCUGGGGCGCGGCGUGUCAGCAGCAGCAGCUACAGACUUACCGGCAGGGCUACGCGAACGAGGCGGCAGACGGUAACGAUAACGGCGACGACGAUCCGCUGCCAGUGGGGCUGGGCGCGCUGGACUGGGCGUUCAACAUGCUCCGCUGGUGCCCCGCCAGCGAUCUCGAGCUGCGCUCGUGCGAAUGCCGACUGCUCUCGUUCGUUAGGACCCCGCAUCGCGUGAUCCAAAUCGACAUCGGCCACCCGCCGGCCGUCCGCAAGAAAGCCACCGUCUGGCCGUCAGACAACCCGCUGGAAGACACGCUGUCGUGGGGCUGGCAGAAGGCGGCGGACACCGACGGCGGAAGCGGCGGCGGCGGCGGCGGAAGCGGCGGCGGAGGUGACGGCGACACGGCGGAGAACUGCUUCAUCAACACGCUGGUGGUGGGGGCGACGACGUGCCGCGGCGACGGGCGCGGCGACGAAGAGGAGGUGAACGGGAAGCCGAACCUGGUGAUGAUCCACGGGUACGCCGCCGCGUUGGGGUUCUUCUUCCGCAACUAUGAUGCCCUCGCCGAGCACUUCAACGUCUACUCCAUCGACCAGCUCGGGUGGGGAGCAUCCAGUCGCCCCACAUUCACACCCGCUUCUCCGGAAGAGGCGGAAACGUGGUUCGUGGAGGCGUUGGAGGCGUGGCGGAAGGAGAUGGGGCUGCGGCGCUUCGUGCUGCUCGGCCACUCCUUUGGGGGCUUCGUGGCCUCAAGAUACGCGCUCAAGUACCCAUCGCGGGUGCGCCAUCUAAUACUGGUGGGCCCAGCUGGCUUCAGCCACGAGUCAGCCAAGAUGCAGCACUUCCGCUCCACGUGGAAGGGCUUUGCCUUUCAGUGCUACUGGGACACCAACAUCCCGCCGCAGCAGUUCAUUCGGUGGCUGGGACCAUGGAGUCGGGACAUAGUGAAGGGCGCCACAACACAGCGGUGGUCUGACCUGCCACCACCGCAAGAAAACAUGACCCCCGAGCAAGUGGACGCCUUCUGUGACUACAUAUACCAGACGCUAUCAGCGCCCAUGAGUGGCGAGCAGUGCAUGAAGUUCAUCUUCUCCCUCGGGGCCUUUGCUCGCCGCCCACUCAUAGACAGUGCGGUGCACUGGAAGGCGCCCACAACGUUCAUCUACGGGGAGCAGGACAUCAUGGACCAUCGGGCGGGGCUGGCAGCGGCCAAGCAGAUGCCCGUGCCGGCCGAGGUCUUCAACGUGCGAGAGGUUGGCCACAUGCUAUUUUUGGAAAAGCCUACCAUAUUCAGGGACGCCAUUCUGUAUGCGUGUCGAGACAUUCUCCCUGCAAGCUGCUCCACAGUGGAUGCGGCAUGGAAGCAUGUGGAACCUCACCACAUCCCCCUCACCACCUGCCACAAGAUUCACCUCGAUAUGACAUCAACGGUUCUGAUCGCGCCGCAAGGGAACAGUGGUGUGAGAAGAUUAGCCAGCGGCUGGGGGAUUGGUUGA